ACGCCAACCCAGACUGAAUCGCGUCGUCGUCGAGCCGUCCUCCUCCAAAUUUCGAACGGACGAGAUCGGAAGCCCAAACCCGAGCCGGCCGCCGGCGAGAUGGCUGGGUCGUGGUGAUCUCCGGCGGUUUGGGGGUAGUGCGGUGCAAGGAUGGAUUUCGCGGGGAUGAAGCGGCGGGAGCUGCAGGCGCUCUGCAAGCGGCACGGCCUCCCCGCCGGCGGCACCAACGCCGACCUCGUCGCCCGCCUCGACGCCGCGCUCUCGGGGGCCGCUGGUGCGGAAGAGGAGGAUGUGGUCGGAGUACCAGAGAGGAAGGGGUGUCUGAAGCGCUCGGUCGGAGAUGCUGGCGAGGCGAAAAAGGUGACUUUUGCGGUGGAGGAAUCGAGGGGGAGGAGGCUGAGGUCUCGGGUCGUCUGGUCGCCCGUCGUUGCCAAGACAAGGGCGAAGCGUGCUGAAGCUGGUAGUACUAAUUCUGCUGCUGAUGCUGGAAUUUCUGCAAGGGCAGGUGAAAAUGUUCCAGUGAGGCGGUCCAGGAGGAAUUCUUUGACUGCUGCCGAGGCCGAGGAAGUAGAAGAAGCCGUUGCUGUUGGCAGGAAACGAAAGCCGAAGAGCCAGGAGAUUGCUGAGGACGUUGCUGUCAGUGCUCAGCCUAUAGCUUCUUGCAGAGUCACGAGGAGGUCGAGCUUGUCAGGAACCACGGUUCUAUUGCCUCCUGCUGUUGAGAAGAAGAUAGGGAGGGGGAAGGCAGCAGAUGUUAAGGAUAAACUUGUUACUGAGGAGCAGGCUGCUGAGGCUCAAGGUUUGUCUGCAGCGGAGCCACCUACAGUUGUGGAGAGUAAGAGGAGCAGGAGGAAGGGACCUGAUGUGCAGAAUUCAUCAUGGUUGGAAGUAUUCGCCACCAGGACCACAAAAUCCCACUCAGUAGAAGCUGUUGUGAUGCCGCCCCCAGUGAUUGAGAACAAGAGGAAGAGGAAGUCAGGAGAUGCACAACCAUAUGUAGAGCUGCGUCCAGUUGCAGAGGUGCCUAGAAAUGAUGCUCCUGUCACCAGGUCUUUGAGGAACAGGGUUGUCCAGGUUAACAACAGUAUUGUGGAGGAAACUCACACCAGCCAGCAGCCAGAAAGCAAGUUGCUUCCAGUUGCAGAGGUGCCUAGAAAUGAUGCUCCUGUCACCAGGUCUUUGAGGAACAGGGUUGUCCAGGUUAACAACAGUAUUGUGGAGGAAACUCACACUAACCAGCAGCCAGAAAAUAAGACGCGGCCUACUAGACCAGCUACGUGCAGGAAUCAACAGGUUGCAUCUUCUAUGGUGGAAGAAGAGAAAGAAGAAGUUGCUGCUCCUAGUAAGGCCCCUCCAUCGAAGCGAUCAAGGAGAAACAAUUCCAGGGCCAGUAAUUCAAAUUCAGGAAGCAACAAAUUGACUAGUGCUCCAGUGGAGGCCAAAGACACAAAAAUAGCUCACCCAUCGACACACCAUAAUGCUAAGGCUGAAGAUGUGGAGAAGCAACCAAUAGUCAAUGCACCUGUUAGGCGAUCAACACGUAAAUCUGUUGUCCCAGCUAUGCUUGAUAAUGAGAAGGGUCUAAUUGAGAACCCUGAAGCACAUGCUAGGAGAUCAAUGCGGAGAUCUAUUGUGCCGGUAAAGGAUAUCAAAGGUGCUGGUGAAGAGAUUCAGAAUGCUAAGGGUGAAGAUGCUGUGAAGCAGCCAGCAGUUAAAAACCCUGUUAGGCGAUCAACACGUAAAUCAGUUGUCUCAGCCAUGCUUGAGAAAGAGAAGGUUCUCAUUGCAGAAGAGAACCCAGAAGCACACGUUAGGAGAUCAACGCGGAAAUCCGUUGUUCCAGUUAAAGAUAUUAGCUGUGUUGGUGAAGACAUUCAAAAUGCUAAGAGUGACAAUGUGGAGAAGCAAUUAGUUGUGAAUCAACCUGUCAGGCAUUCAUCACGUAAAUCUAUUCUGCCAGAUACACUUGAGAACGAGAGUGGAUCUCUAGUUGCAGAAACGAAUGCUAAGGCACGUGUUAGGGCACGGAAGUCUCUUCUUCCUAAUAAGUGUAACAAGGAGGACCCAGAUCACAGUAAAAUGACCAGAAACGAGAACUUUCAAAUUGGUAAAUGUGAAGAUGACAAACAACAAAAAGUAAAGGAACCUGUUAGGCGAUCAAGGAGAUCUGUUGAUGCAGUGAUGCUUGAGGAACAAAAUAAGGGUCUUCAUGAGGGACUAAUGUCAACAAUUCCUGUGAGGAGAUCAACACAUAAAUCUGUUGCUCUCAAUGUAGUUGAAAAGGCUGGAAGGAGACAGUCAGGAGUUGGAACAAGGAGGCUGAAAGCAAGAGAUAAACUUACAGACCAUGCUGUGGCUGUGCCUGUGGUUACUGCUGGAAACGAAUUGCAGGUUGAUGUGCAGAACAAUCAAGACCUGACAGUCAAAUCUCCAAAUCAUAAUUUAUCUGAUGGUAAUGAGACACAUCCUGGUUCGGACAAGUUUGUGUCAUGUGAGAGAGUUGGUGAAGAGGGCUUGAAAUUGAGAGAGCACAGAAUGUCUCAAGUGGGAACAUCAUCUUCAGCCAAUGAUUUCUGUGAUAUGGAAGAUUUUAGUGGACAGAAAUUCAGGAAGCAACAGAGCACGCAGACCCCAUUUGAAAAAGAUAACACAGGAGCUAACUAUGAUAAGCCACAGAGAGUACAGCAGGCAUCAACUUUCUUAACUUCAAAGGGAAGGUCUUCAAAGAGGAGGCAGACAAGGACAACUGCUCCAGAAGAAGUUAUGUCCGCCGAGGAGGCAAAUGAUGGCAUGGUUGUCAGGGAAGAAACAAUGGGCGCACAUAAAGCGUCUCAUGAAUAUAGUAAGGAGUCUAGUAGCAGAACUCAAGAAAUUUGUCAGGUUAGUGCCACAAGCGAAGGGUUCUCUUCAGGUCCAUUGCUUGCCACAGUAACACUCCCUGAUGAGAUUUACACAACACAGAGUGUGCAUAAGGUGAUACCUCCAUCAGAAACUGGUGGACUUGCAAAGGAAAGUUCAGAGAAGAGUAAACAACCUCAAGAACACUCUGACAUUCAAGCUGAUGAUAGCCAUUUAUCUGAAAUAAGAAAUGGGGAAUUGGAUCAAUCAUCGAGCAUCGCGGAACUACUCCCACACAGUGGUUUUGUCACAGAGGACAAAAUAUUAAUUGGUGAAGAUGUUUUGCCUGUUGACUUCACUGUUGGAGAUGAUGAAGGGCAAAGCCCUGUAUCUGGGCAAGGGAGAGUUGCCUGGGAAGCAAAUACAAGUGAGUCUGGAGAAAAGAACCUAGCUGAUGCCAGGUCCACUGGUCUCCACACCAAAAGUCUGCAACAUGAUACUGGCAUAGUAGCUAAAGAGUCUGAGUCUGGUGAAGAUGUUGUGCCAAUGAGUUUCACUAGUGAAGAGCAUGGAAUAAAAUAUCCAGUAAGCCCUGUUGCUGUGGAAAGGAGUGUUAUUGGUGAAGCUUCGGGAUCUGCCUUACAAAUAUCAGACAGUAAUCAAGAAAUAUACUGUGAUGUGAUUGCUGAAGGAAGCGUUGGAGCUGCUGAUCUGGGGAGCUGUCCCAGCAGUGGUGGAAAAGGGAACCCCCUUUUGAAAAAUCUGCAUGACAGUAUUCUUCCAUUAAUGAAUUCUGCUCAGAGAUGUUCAUCAGAUGGAAGACGUUCGUCAUUUGGUCUUGAGUUUCUGUUAGAAGACUGCAAAGAAAACUGUUCCAGAAAUGUCGAAAAUAUUGCUGUAGAAGUUGAUGGUGGAAACAAACCUAGCACCUGUGUAACUCCUGAUUUCUAUGCGGGAUCAGAUUGUGGUCUGGAAGAUGAGGAUGUGCAACAUACUGGAUUUGAUGCUGAUAAGAAACUUGAUGUGGAUCAGGAUGCCGCAGAAGAAGAAGUAGUUGUUGAGGAAAAAAGUUAUGGUGAACACAUUGCUGCCAAAACUGACCUAAGAACAAAGUUAAAUGGUGAACUUACUGGUCUUGAUAUGGAAUCAGAUUGUAGCAUUGCUGAAAAGGACGUGAAGCUUGUUGAAGAUAAUCCUGAUGAUGAAGUUACAGUUCAGGUCCAGCCGGCUAAUGUACAAGAAGGUGAUUCUGAGAAGCCUUCACAAUUUUCAGCAACACCAGAGUGUAAACAUGAAUGUGGUUUGCCCGACGAAGCAGUAUUGCAUUCAAAGAAGAACAAGGGAUGUUUAUCAAGUGAAGAACAAUCACCAUUUGGCCUACAAUCCCUGUUCUCGCAGCAAAGUAUAGAAAAAUCUGUGGAGUGUGGAGCCCUUGCUUCUGCAACAGUUCAUGCAGAAAAUGGAUUUGAUGAAUUAAAAUAUGGCCAUGUGAAGUGUUCACUAAAAAAGACUCAUGUGUCAGAACCUUUUUCACAACUUGAUACUAAUGAAGACACCUGUACCAUUUCCCAAAAUGAUGAUUGUAUGUUCAUAUCCCAACAAGAUAAUGGAAUAGAAGGAUUAUCAAAGGCAAGUCUUGAUGAAGAAUUGGUUCCAUCAGGCUUUUCGUUGGACGCAAAGCACAUAAAAGAGGUCACUAAUUCUGAGGAAGUAGCCUGUAAGGGUGAAGGAAGUAAGGAACUUGUCCAUUCUGAUGACAUUAAAGCUUCAUCUGAAAAAACAGAUGUCAAUGGGCCAGAUACUAUUGAAAAUUCUUCAUUUAGUUUUGCAACUCCUGGUUAUAAACAUGAUGAUGCUUUGUCUGAGGAAGCAGUGCGCACAAUGAAGAAAUAUGCUGGAACAUGCUCAUCAAAUCCCAGAGAAUUACUUAUGGACCUGCAGUCCCUGUUCUCAAAGGAAAACAUUGAAGGAUCUGAUCCGCAUCAUGGACUUGCAUUCUCAAGUGCUGAAAGUCCAGGAGAUGAAUCAAUUGAUGUGAAACAACAGGUUGAGGUACAUCUUGGUUCUAAUCCAUCUCAGUUAGAAUCAACUGAUCUCUUGGAUGAACGUUCCAAGACUGAAGUGCUGCAUCAGGGUCAUAAAGGUCUAUGCAGUGAGGAUAGUGAAGAGCAAGUUGCUUCUGGACCCUUCACAAAUGAUAUUGUGGAGGCUGCUGCUGCCAGAUACAUAGAAAAUGAACCUGUGCUGCUCCCGUCCGAAGAAAGAUCAAAUUUGAAAGAUGGGCAGCUUAACUCCAAGCGGGAAAGCCCAAUAGUUAUGGAAUUUAGCCUGAACUUUAAUAAAGAUGUAGAUGUUACUAGGUCUAUUAUGGAUAUUGUUGAUCAAAGAACUCCAUCUGGUUCGGCUUUACCAGAAGAUUGUCGUACAGAUCAUAACCCACAACGAGAGUUUUUAGAUGUCUGCUCAGUGGAAUCUUCUCUUCAAGGGUCGACAAUGUUUACUAAUAAAAUUGAUUCUGGUGUAGCAGGUACUAUUGGGAACCCUUCAUUUAGUUUAGCAACUCCUGAUCGUGGACAUGAAGGUGCUUUGUCUGAGGAAGCAGUGUGCAAAAUGAAAAAAUAUACUGGGACAUGCUCGGCAGAUCCCAGACAUUUACUCAUGGAGAUGCAGUCUCUUUUGUCAGAGGGAAGCACUGAAAAAUCCGAUUCGCAUGAUGUUGCAUUUUCAAGUUCCGAACCCGAAAGCGGAAGAAAUGAACCUACUGUUUUCCAUGUUGAGAAACUGGUUUACACACUUGUUUCUUCAGAACCUGAUAUGUACCAAGGCCUUUGUCAAGAUCUCAGCAGAGCUGAAGAAAAAGAGAGCUGCAUAUCUAUUUCCAUGCAACUAAAUCCUGAGCUGGAGGACGAUGAAGUGGAGAAACACAGCUUAAACUGUGAGAAAGACACCAGCCAGAUUCUUGGUAUAACUAGAUCUGUGCAGAGCAAAACAUCCCUUUUACCCAAGGACAGUCAUACCAUUUAUUGGAAGGAACAGGAGCUACCAAAUGACUUAUCCCCACUUAAAUCUGGAAUUUGUCAAUCUCACGGCCAGAAGCACAUAGUUGAAAGUAACUCCAGGCUAUUGAAUUGUGAUACUGAAGUGCUCCAUCAAGAUCAUAAAGACGAAAGAAACAUACAUAAUGUAGACAAAACCAUCCCAAAAGUUCUUGAAAAUGACAUGCCUGAAGCAGCCCCAAUUGAACGAAUGGAAAGUGCAACACUGCUGCCCUCAGUUGCUGGAAAGCCAGAAAUUUCUGAUGAGCUGCUUAACACCAACCUGAGUGAUGAAGGUGAGAAACACAGCUUUAGUUCUGAUAAAUAUACAAUUAAAGAUUUCUGUACUGGGUCCACGAAAAAUGAUCUGUUCCCUCUGCCCAAGGACUGCCAUAUAGACUCUUGCAAGAAACAGGAGGUCCCAGAUGUCCUUUAUUUACCUAAAUCUCCUGAAGAAUCUGCAAAUUGUCAGGAUGAGAGUGUUUCAGGAUCAGGACCUUGUCAGACUAGUUGGCAGCAGUGUAUAAAUGAAAGCAGCAGUGUGCAGGUGACUUCUAAUAUUGAAGUGUUCAAUCAAAAUCAUGAGGAAAGCAACCAAAAUAAUGAAGGCCAAAUUACUCCUAUUCCAAGUAUUGUCUCUGAAGCUGCAGAUACUGAAAGAUCAGAAAGGGAAAUAGGUCUGACCCCUCCUGCAGGACCGUCAGCAUUGCCGGAUGAGCAGCUUAACACGGAGGUGGAGUGCCACGGAGCUGAACACAGCUGUUGCUAUGAUGAGCACACUUUGAGCUUAUUUGAUACUGAAUCGCUGUACAGCAAAGCAUCCAGUUUGCUUAAAGACAGUCGCAAGGAUCCUCCUCCAGGUGAUCUAUCUGCUCCAAGAUCUCCUGAGGAAUCUACAGUUUUUCCAAACUCCUCUGUUCCGGAAUCAGUAGGAAUCUGUCAAAGCAGCAGGCGAAGAGGUACAGACGAACUCCGUGCCAAGCUGCAGAGUUUCAAAGUUUCCAGCACUGUAAAAGGAAGCUACAUUGCUAUGAGUGCCCCUCGCCCGAAGCAGGGUGACAACCUGAGCCAAUCUGCAAUCACGUUGCUCCGGAACAGCGAGAACGCACCUGCUGUUAAAGUAGACCAUCCUGCUAAGCCGGACCCUGAUCGCUCGGUCGCAAACAACUCGUCAAGACAAGCGCUGCAGCCCACAGCGGAAGACCAAGGGAUCACUGAUAGGUAGCAGGGAGUAUCCCGUAGUUUAUUGUUGACAGUCCGCGUUUGUGUUCAACAUUAGUGGUGGUGGUGGUGUUCAACCUUUGGUUGAAGGUAAUUAGGUGCGCGUCUGACGGGAAACUAUCGGUGUGUUCGUCCAGCGUGUAGCGACGGUGCUGCUCUGUGCAUUUGUUAUUAGCAGUUGACAUAGUGUGGGUGUGGCCAUGGUGGAAGUGUUAAGAAACUGGCAGUCGUACAGUUGUUUAAUUGGUUAUGCAGGUGUUUGGUUUUGGUUUAUGUGUAAUCCAGUCAUCGUGAACUGAUCUGCUGUGCCCCGUGCUGUUA